AAAGGAUUUGGCCUUUUAAAUAGCUUUGCGGGCGCGAAAUUGGGCUUUAAUAAAUUUUUCGAAAAAUUCCGUUUUAUUGCUAACCACGUUUUUGCAAUAAAUACAUUUGGAAAACCCCGUACAAUUAUCGGAACAUAUCGGCAUACGGGGGUUAACGGCAUAAUUUUAAUAUACUUAACAAUUAAAAUAACGGUUACAAAAUACCGUACGCUCCGUAUAAUUGUUUUUAAAAAAGGGCAAAUAAAUAAGGUUUUAAUUAUCGCCCUAUUAAAAAUUGAUAAUUUCCCGCAACGGGAACGCGUUACAAAUACCUAUAUAAAGCGAAAAAAAAGCAAUAUCCGUUUCGAAAAUAAAUUUAUUAAAAUCGAAAGCGUUGCGGCGGCGUUCGUUGCGCGCUUUACGCUUUUUUUCGGCGAAAGUUUUUUUGCCGCGGCGGUUAAAGCCCGCCGGGGGGUUACCGGCAAAACGCUUGCGGAAAUUUUAAAGGGCUGCAAGCGUAAAAGGGCCUAA